AUGUCGAAGACCUCUAGCUUUCAGGAGGAGCCCUACGAUGAGACGAUGAGGGAGAAGGCGGUCGCCGCCGCGACGAAUCCGGAGCUGGAGACUAUUCUCUCCUGGACCCCCGAGGAGUUCGCCGCCGAGGAGAAGAAGCUCCUGCGCAAGAUGGACCUGCGCCUGGUUCCGUGGAUGACCCUCCUGUACCUCAUGUCCUUCCUCGACCGUGUCAACAUUGGCGCCGCCAAGCUCUACGGAUUCAUGGACGACCUGAACCUCUCCUCGCACCAGUACACCAUCGCCAGUAUGAUCUUCUUCGUUCCCUACGUUGUCUUCGAGGUGCCGUCGAACCUGAUCCUAAAGAAGAUGAGGCCGUCUCGCUACAUCCCGAUCACGAUGAUCCUCUGGGCCGUCGUGCAGGUCUUCAUGGGUCUGGUCAAGAACUACUCCCAGCUGCUCGCUCUCCGUUUCCUGCUCGGUUUCUUUGAAGCUGGUCUCUUCCCCGGACUCAACUUCUACCUGACUGGAUGGUACAGGCGUGAGGAGCUCAUGCGCCGUGUGGCGGGCUUCUUCGGCGGUGCCGUCAUGUCUGGUGCCUUCGGCGGUGUCUUCGCCUACGCCAUCGGUCUCAUGGACGGAACUGCAGGCAUGGCUGGAUGGUCGUGGAUCUUCAUCAUCGAGGGUCUGCUCACUUUCGUCAUCGCGUUCCUGUCGUUCUGGAUGAUCUUCGACUGGCCGCGUGACGCCCGCUUCCUGACCCCGCUCGAGAAGGAGUUCGUCAUCUACCGCCUCAAGAACGACACGGGUCUUCCUGAGGGAACCGACGAGGGCUUCUCCAAGCGCGCCACCCUCCGCGGUAUCAUGGACUGGAAGACGCCGCUGUUCAUGCUUGCGUACCUCGGUGCCGGCGAGUGUGUUUACUCUCAGUCGCUGUUCACGCCUACCAUCGUCGCCUCGCUCGGCAAGUGGAGCGCUGCCCAGUCGCUCCUCCUCUCCGUCCCCCCUUACGUCCUCGGCUUCAUCACGACCAUGACCACGGCGUACAUCUCGGAUAAGACGAAGAAGCGCGGCAUUUUCAAUGUCUUCUGGAGCGUCGUUGCGUUCGUCGGCUACCUCGUCCUCAUUGUGACCAAGCCCUCCAAUGUCGCGGGCCAGUACGCUGCCGUGUACGUGACCACGAUGGCCAUCUGUCCCAUGAUCGCCGUCACGAUCACGUGGGCGGGCAACUCGUUCGCGAACCACUUCAAGAAGGGAACCGCCAUGGGUUUGGUCUUCUCGGCUGGUAACGCGGGAGGCAUCAUCUCGUCCUUUGCGUACCGCCCCGCCGACGCGCCGCCCAAGGGUCACUACGUUCCCGGUCACGCCGUCGCGCUCUCGCUCAUUUCUCUCGCCGGUGUCGUUUCGAUCGUCCUGCUCUGGGGUCUGAACCGUGAGAACAAGCGCCGUCAGGCCCAGUUCGGAUCCGUUUCUGAGAACGAGGUCCACGACUACGACGACGAGGAGUACAAGCGCCGAUGGGGCCUCGAGGGCAAGACGAGGCAGGAGAUCGUCGACCUCGGCGACGACCACCCCGCCUUCCGCUACAUCCUGUAA